AUGGAUGAUCCAAACAAAGACGGCGCGUCUUCGGGGCGUCGCCGAACCUCAAUUACAUCGCCCACGGAUGCCAGCCAGAGCACCCAUUCACACGACAACACAACCCCCAGUCGUCCUGGAGAUGGUUUUGGGGAGAGCUAUCAGUCUACAGAUACCGUGCGACACCGACCCGAAGGUACUGGAUACGGAACCAUACACAUUCCUCCCACCGCAAGCAGCAGUCAAACAGCAGCCGAUUCUUUUCAAGACCGCCCUCAAACCAAGGGUCCAGGGACACCUCAACCGUCGCGAUCGGGUCUCAAACCUCCCCACAGGGUCAAGUCGUUUCCCCGAUUGCGAAAGCCCCCAUUGUCCAGAAGGACGUCGUCGAAUACGCCGCACCGAGGCGAAAUCUUCUCUGCCGACGAUGAACCACACGAAGUCGAGGCUGAUGCUGUCGAGCGCCAAGGAUAUUCCACCCGUCGACGGUCUCAACAGACUACCAGUACUCUUACCCGGCUGCAAUCAUAUCGAACCGGCGGCGAUGGAGAGGACGAGGAGGAAACUCGAACUGGAGGCGUCCCCACCACAACAGCCGAAGAAGACGAACAAGAACACGAUGAUGACUUGCCUCUCGACGAGCAUGUCGACUGUGACUCUGACGGCGAGAUAAGCGAGGCCGAAAGCUUCACUCUCAAGGACAGGCAGCAGGCCAUCAACCAGACACAUCCCUUUGGUAUCAGAGUGUGGAAACCUGCACUGUACAAGAAGGACCGGUCCAUUCAGAAGUUUGCUCAGGCAGAUAUUCAUUCGUCUCCUGGCGGCAGAGUAAGCAACUGGCUGCUUCUGUUCAACCUUGUCUGGACUCUGGUCUUUGGCUGGUGGAUGGCUACCCUGGCGGCCCUAGGAGCCAUUGUCUGUUUACUUUUUGCUGCAGCUCCAAGUGGCAGAGAGUACGGGCGCGUUCUUUGGGGUCUCGCCGGCUACUUGUUCUAUCCCUUUGGCAAGUUUGUGCGACUGGAAAAGGACGAGGCUUAUUUGCAUGAGGACGGAGACGAAGGCCGAAGCAUCUCGGAAUAUGAGCAGUGGCAGAGCGGCGAUUUGGAAUACGGACGCCUGUUCUUUGGUCCCGACGGCAACCGAUCCAUUGUUGGGCGAUCGAGGCGAAGCAUCGAUUCCGAGCGCAGCGAAACCGAAAGCCUACUUGGACGUGGUCGACGAGGCGGAUCGCGCGACAUGCACCCUCGUAUGAAGCGACGACUCUUUGGUCGAGGGGAGUGGAACAUUGGCCGUGUCAUCUUCUUCAUCUUUUUCUACUGCCUCAUCUCCCCGGCCUUGAUCGUCACCUCGGCUAUAUGUUGGUUCCUCGUCUUUUGGAUCCCCAUGGGCAAAGUAACCAUCCUCUUGUUUGAUCACCUUCGCCGCCACCCGCUCGCUCUAUCCUUCGAGACUCACAUGCACUAUAUGCGAAGCGAGGAUGGCCCCGACUCGUCCAUUCUAGUCUGCACCUACCGAGCCGUUGGAUCCAAGUAUUGGAAGUACACCGUUGACGGAACCAAUAUUUUCCUCAUCAACCUCAUGGCUGUCGUCUGUUUUGUCAUUUUCGAUUGGGCUGUCCUUGAGGGUGUCCUUCACAUUGACAGCGUUAUUACGUCACCAGCCUUUCUAUUCAUGGCCGGAUUGCUGUCCAUCAUUCCACUGGCAUACUUCAUCGGCCAGGCUGUUGCGUCUAUAUCGGCCCAAUCGUCAAUGGGGCUUGGCGCUGCCAUCAAUGCCUUUUUCGCCACUGUGGUUGAAGUGUUUCUAUACUGCGUUGCCCUCAAUCAAGGCAAAGGACAGCUUGUUGAGGGAAGUAUUGUGGGCAGCAUCUUUGCUGGUAUUCUCUUCCUGCCAGGCAUCUCCAUGUGUUUUGGAGCGCUGAAGCGCAAGACGCAACGAUUCAACGCCAGGUCGGCCGGUGUCACAUCCACCAUGCUGCUUUUCGCCGUGGUUGGUGCAUUUGGUCCGACGCUAUUCUAUCAAAUCUAUGGAACCCAUGAGCUAAGCUGUACGGAUUGCGAAGACUUGGGUCCCGGCGGAAGUGGUAAUACUGGUGAGGCCCGCGAUUGCCGUCGAUGCUAUUUCUCUCAGGCACCCGCGCUUGACGACCGCUUUUACCUGGAAGCUGUUCGGCCCUACUGCUACCUGGCCGCCGCCAUGCUCUUCUUCUCAUACCUCAUUGGACUGUGGUUCACCCUGCGAACUCAUGCGGCGGUGAUCUGGAACGCCGAGAUUGAGGAGAAGAAGCACGAAGAGCAACUGCAGGCCUCGGUUGUUCGAAGCUCUCAGCCUUCGGCUGCGGAAACCACUGCCACGGAUAUCCGCGACUCUCAUCUCUACAAGCGAAUUCUGGGCCAGUCGCUGAAGCAGGUCGGUCUACAGCCACGUCCCGAGGAGGUUGGCCGCCAAGCAUCAAUCAUCAACCAAGAUGCCGGCGCCAACGGGAUGGCCGCAACCCCUCACGUAGUUCCUCCUAAGGGAAGUGACACGAUUCGAUCCACCGUCAACGUGCCGGGGCUCAGCCAGGCAGACAACACUGCCCUUGCUCGAGAAGUCGCUCAGAUUGCAGCAACCGCGGCCACAUUGGCGUCAAGAGAUCGCGAAAGAUCACGAAAGCUGUCUGCGACGCCCGGGCAGCACGGCACCGUGCGAGCACACCAAACCCAGGCUGAUGAGGGCACGGUGGCUGCCGAAACAGCAACUGCACAUGCUGGCGGCCACGGUGGUGGCCACGAUGCUCCAAACUGGGGUCGCGCAAAGAGCUCCAUUAUUCUCCUCGGAGCGACGAUUUUGUAUGCCGUCAUUGCGGAAAUUCUGGUUGAUACGGUGGAUGUUGUGUUGGAGAGUUUUUCGAUUGACCAAAAGUUUCUGGGCAUUACGCUUUUUGCCCUUGUUCCCAAUACGACUGAAUUUUUGAACGCCAUCUCAUUUGCCAUGAAUGGCAACAUUGCGCUGUCCAUGGAAAUCGGUUCCGCCUACGCUUUGCAAGUGUGCUUGCUGCAGAUUCCGGCUCUUGUCCUUUUCUCGGCUGUGUAUCCCAACAUUCCCAAGGGCGGCGAUCCCAGCUUGUACACCUUUUCGUUGCUGUUCCCUCAGUGGGACAUGGUCACCGUGAUCCUAUGUGUGUUCCUUCUGAGCUACGUGUACGGCGAAGGAAAGAGCAACUACUUCAAGGGCAGCAUUUUGGUGCUAACCUACUUCGUCGUGGUGAUUGGGUUUUACUUUAGUGGAUUCACCUCGGAGGUGAUGGGUAUGGAAAGAUUCGACAUUAUGGGGGCAGACGGGAAGUAUCAGAGUUACAAGACCAUUGGAAGGGGGACGAGUGGACGAGCAUACCACGCGUAA